GUAUUUNAAUUUCAGUUCCUCGAACAUNGAAAGGAGUUGCAUAUUUGUCCAUAUCUUGCAUUAUCUUUGNAGCAGUCCCUGAAANAANGACCUNGACAGCAGUUGCAGUACAGAACUCUCCAGAACCUGACCUAUCCAUUGGAGCAUCCUCGGGUGCUUCAGCUUUUGCUANAACAAACCUCGUUGAUUUCUUUGNAGCUAUUUCGGAUAUCGUUUUUGCUUAUUCGGGGCACCUCCUGUUCUUCAAUUNGANAANAGAAAUGGGAAAUCCAUAUGACUUUAAAAAGGCAGUUUUUUGGGGAUUCACCAUUAAUAUUAUCAACUACCUUAUUANAGGUCNAGGAAUUUACGCAUAUACUGGAAAUUAUUCACAAAGUCCUUAUAUACUUAACAUUAUCAGCUCGUCUGUGCGUAAGACAGCAUAUAUGUNAGAAGUUAUCAAUGUGCUGGUAUCUGCAANGAACUAUUCUCAUUUGUCUGCAAAGAAUAUCUUCCGCCGCUUUCCAAGGUUCAAAGGUAUUGUGUAUAAAAGGGGUUNAAAAUACUGGCUGGGUUGGUNAGUGUCGUUGGCUAUCAUGUGGUUUAUUCCGUGGANAGCAGCUGAAGNAAUUCCAGUUUUCAACAACUNGANAGGACUCGCAGGUGCCCUAUUUGCAUCCAAUUUUACAUAUAUUCUGCCUUGUAUCCUUUGGCUUCAUUCCAAUUGGAGGGAUGUCAAAAAAGGAAAAUAUUUCUUCAAGACUUGCUGGUUACUCACUAUUGUCAUUAUUGGGUUUGCUAGUAUGGGUUUGGGAACUUAUUCAUCUAUCGACGGCAUCAUUCAAANGAGACAACAAGGUGCUAUACCCGCACCAUUUAGUUGCUCCGAAAUUCCUUAAAGACUCAUUUGGUCAUGUGGAAUAAAUAUUCUGCUGUAUGU